AUGCUUCUCUCGAUCAUAUUCGUUAUCGAUACGUUGCUAGUUAUUCGCAAAUCCACCCGUGCAAGAUCGGAUGUGAACUACUCGUAUUCCGAUCUGCCCUCGGUUCCAAAUGACCAGCUCAAGUUCACCAAAGUGCUUGAAUCUCGCGUGUUUGUCGAAUCGAAAUUCCAAAAGAUCAAGGGUCGUGAUCUGACGGCCGACUGGUGCUGUACCAACGGGCUGCGCUAUCCAGUGAUCAUACCCACGCCAGAGGGGCUUGGGAUGACGAUGCCAUCCGCUAGUAUAACGGUCCGCGAAAUUGCAAACGUGUGCGGGCUCACACGGAUUGUCGAAGUCAUCGAGGUAGCGACACAGUCAACACGCACGAUGACCCUUGACAAAUGGGCAGCCUACUUUGAGCAACCCCCCAGGCAGCGUCGUCAGAUUCUGAACGUCAUCAGCCUCGAGUUCAGCGAUACACCACUGGCCAAGUUGGUCAAGCGACCUCGAAUAGUUGGUGAUCUGGACUGGCUUGAUCGAUUUUGGCCGGCUUCGAGGCGUGCAGCGGGCGAGUACCCCAAGGUCCAGUUGUACUGCCUGAUGGGCGUCAAGGAUAGCUAUACCGAUUUCCACAUCGACUUUGGAGGCACCAGCGUGUUCUAUCACCUGCUUUCUGGCGAAAAGGUGUUCUAUUUUAUCGAGCCCACGCCCGAAAAUCUCGAAAAAUACUCUGCAUGGUCGACAUCGUCGGACCAGUCGGACGUUUUUCUUGGGGACCAGGUCGACGAGUGCGUCAGGGUUCAUUUGCGUGCUGGAAACACGAUGAUGAUUCCGGCCGGCUGGAUACACGCUGUGUAUACUCCCAAAGAUGCCAUUGUGAUCGGAGGCAAUUUUCUCCAUGGCCUGGACAUAGCUCGUCAGCUCUCGAUCUCUCGAAUAGAAAUCGAGACAAAUGUACCGCACAAAUUUAGGUAUGGGCAUAAUCUGGCUGCCAUUUGGAUCUGCGGGAUCGCAUCAUCACAGGGAGGCAGUCGGCUUCAUCUGGAAAUCCGAUAG